CCCAUAUUAUUUCUUCAGCUAACUUCAUGUAGUCACCAACGCCAUAUUAUUUCUUCAGCUUUUUACUCUUGCUGCUGUCUCACAGCCUCUCUAUCUCUCAAAAACCCAAACCCCAUUUUAACGUCCUCUGGGUCUAAAAAAUCUAAUCACCACCACCGCUACAGUCUUUGCGCCGCCGCCGGUAGGAUGGCCCUAUCAGAAGGUUUGAGUGAGGAGAAAACAAGGGGAUCCAAGGUGUGGCGACUACAGCCGCAGCAGACCGGCACGGUUGAUGGAGACAAGAACGGUGAUCGAACCACCUUCUCUGCAGGUGGCCGGUCGUCGGAGUUGAGGACCGCUGAACAACUGAGAGUAGGCGUGGGGGUGAGAGAGCAGAGCAAAAAGCUAGAACCUACUCGUAGACAAUUAGACGCUGAAAAGAAGAAACAAAUUAAGGGACCUCGCGUGGAAUCACUGAACAAGAGGUUCCCGAUGACUCACUACAAGAUAACCAUACUAGAGCAAAUGAUGUUGCAUUACUAUUACUAUCGUGAUAUCUAUCCAGAUAUUUGGAUUUCAUGCAUAGAGUUACUAGGCCCGUGGAUUCUUUCCUAUCCAUCACUGGUCUUGCAGGGUGUAUACUUCAUGUAUCUUGGAUUGACAUUGAAUGACAAUAGUGCUGGUGUAAGAAAAGCUUCUGUCCACGCAUUGAAAAAUCUUUAUGAGGUUGAUGAUAUUGCUCCAAAUCUUGGUCGAUUCACUAGAAGAUUUUCAAGUCAAAAGAUUGGUCUUGCUGGCGACUUUGACAUUUCCGUAGCCAUAUCUGCAAUUGGCCUGGUUAAACAGCUACUACGACACCAGCUUCUACCACCAAAGAUCAGGCAUGUUAUAGGAGCAUUAGAGUAUGAACACUUGAUUGCUCAGGUGUUCAAUAGCUCCCAAUCUGGUGCAAAAGGUUUUUCGUCUCAUGAUCAUGGAACCAUUAAUAUUGCUUACCGUUGGGAAAAUUUUAUUUGUGUUGGAGUUGAUUCAAAGCUGACCGAUGCCUUGACUGGACAUGUGACUGAUCGUACUUGCAACAAGUUCUAUCGAUUAAGUUGGAACAUUUAUAUUACAAUGGCUGGAUAUAGGAUGGAUUGGGAGGAAAUGUGGAAAUGGAUGACAUCAGUGUUUCUAACAAUACCUGAGGAGUCGCGCACGGUGAAGUUAGCGGCUAAUCUAGCCUAUCAUUUUGUUAGUCCCUACGUCACAGUUUCCAGCCUUGUUUUGGGAUGGGACUUUACAAGUCCACAUCCGCAAAUGUUUCGAGUGAUCUCACGUACAUCACUUACGAGUGAUAGUGCUAUGGCUGUUGGGUCAGGAGAAGAACAUAUAAAUCUGCGGUAUCUGACAGACUAUAAUUAUGGGGAAUUAGCACAUGCCUUCCGCAAUACAAUGUCGCUACUCAACCAAGCCUGCCUUUUAGAUCCUUUUUGUGGUGGAGUUGUUAUAGGACGGGUACUGCAGAGAAAUCAACCACCAUCCUGCCAGUAUCUUAGCUUCUUCCCUUAGAUCAUGACGAAUGAAGUUGGGUUCUGAAUGCACCUGAAUGUUUUGUCUGAUUGCAACUAUAUCAUAUAUCCACCUAGCAGUUUCUUCUGACGAUUCUGCUCAAGAUUGCAAGUCAGCAUCUAAGAACAAGAGAAAUAGGCAGUCUUAAUGGUUUAACCAGUUGCUGGAUUGGCUUAGCAUGUAUUUUGUAAAAUAUGAAACCUGUUAGUUUGGAAACCAAUAGGCAGCAGCUUUAAACAUUGAAGCUUAAUUUAGGUUACUUGUUAAUAUUUAGUACUUGGUUACCUGUAUCUGUAUGAUGUAUGUUUGCUUGCUUGAAUGUUGAAUCGUAUCUUUCGUGGUCUUUAA